UUUCCCCCUUUCUUUUCUUUCUUUUUCGGCGUCUCUGUCUCUCUCGGCUCUCAUCGCUCUCGGCUCUCAUCUCUCUCACCUUCUCUCUUCGAUUUCAUCUACUACGAGUUACUAAAGUUGUUCUAUGUGACGAGAGCUUCCUAUCCAUCCAAGAAAAUUCCUGAUCGGAGCACUUCGAAGUUUUCUCCAUGUUCGGGCUUGCUUCUAACCUUUGAGGAUGUUCAGUAUGAAUCCCUUGAAUCAUUAUGUCAUCUGAAGCAUUUUGCUUCGAGGGAGUCCCCUUGCAAGUCGGAAGGUGAAGCCUCAGGUGUAUCCUCUAAACUGAAGUUACUUGAGUGGGAACUGCUGAAUUUGGAAAGAAUUGGAAAAAGUGAUCUAUCCAAGGUAUCGUCAAAGAAGCGGAAGCAAACAAGGAGAUAUCAGGCUCUUGCAGGGAAGAUCGAUAACUUAUGUAGAAGAAUGGACCUUGAGAAGUAUGCAAAUCUUAAUGCUGUUCAAGAAUGAAGAGAACUUCUUAUGGGAGUAUCACACAUUCAUGUUCUGCAGCUUAUGAUCCAAUUUACUGACAUAGUCAUAGUAUUAUGAAGCCCUAUAAUAGCCUCAACAGUUUUCUUGGAUUAGAUGAAAGUCGCUUUCCAUAAGCACCGGUGGUUCUCUACUUCGACUUCUACGCUGUCAUCUUCACUUCCAUGGAUCUCCCCGCUUCAGCUCCUCAAAAACCCUUCUCAAAAACCAGACCUUCCUACCGAAACCACAUUCACCACAGUUGAAGCUCGAAGGAAAUCCAAAUACAUAUCUCACAAUUCUGCCAUCAACUUGAUAAAACGUGAGAGGGAUCCACAACGUGCCCUAGAGAUUUUUAACAAGGCAUCCGAUCAAAGGGGAUUUAAUCACAAUAACGCCACCUAUGCGACUAUUCUCGAUAAGCUUGCUCAGUUCAAGAAAUUUCAGGCAAUUGAUGCAGUUCUUCAUCAGAUAACAUAUGAAACAUGCAGGUUUCACGAGGGCAUAUUCCUCAAUCUCAUGAAACAUUUCUCAAAAUCCUCUCUACAUGAAAGAGUGCUUGAGAUGUUUUAUGCCAUUCAAACAAUUGUUCGCGAGAAGCCCUCCCUUAAAGCCAUCAGCACCUGUCUUAAUCUUCUGGUUGAGUCAAAUCAGGUUGAUUUGGCACGAACAUUCCUUGUGAAUGCAAAGACGAAUCUCAACUUGGAGCCUAACACUUGUAUUUUCAACAUCUUGGUUAAAUACCAUUGCAAGAAAGGGGAUAUCGAAUGUGCUUUUCAAGUGGUGGAAGAGAUGAAAAAGUCCGAAACUUAUUACCCUAAUUUGAUUACCUAUUCGACUUUGAUGGAUGGUCUUUGUGAAUGUGGAAAGCUCAAAGAAGCAGUUGAUGUGUUCGAGGAAAUGGUCUCGAAAGAUCAAAUCAUGCCCGAUGCUUUAACUUACAAUAUUUUGAUUAAUGGAUUUGCCCGUUGGGGAAAAGUUGACCGGGCAAAUAAAAUAAUCGAAUUCAUGAAGAAGAACGGUUGCAAACCAAAUGUUUUCAAUUACUCAGCCUUAAUGAAAGGGUUUUGUAAGGAGGAAAGAUUGGAAGAGGCCAUUGAUGCUUUUACUGAGAUGAAGAACAUUGGUCUGAAACCCGAUACAGUUGGUUAUACCACUUUGAUUGAUAGCUUUUGUAAAAAUGAGAGGACUGAUGAAGCCAUGGAUUUGCUUCAAGAGAUGAAAGAAAAAGGCUGCAGAGCUGAUGUUGUCACCUUUAAUGUGAUAUUAGGAGGAUUGUGCAGAGAAGGUAGGGUUGAGGAGGCUCUAGGGAUGCUUUGUACGCUACCUUAUGAGGGUUUUUCUUUGAACAAAGCAAGUUACCGAGUUGUGUUGAAUUGUUUGUGCAGAGAAGGGGAUUUAGGCAAAGCUCUUGAGUUGUUGUGUUUGAUGUUGGAUAGGGGGUUUGUGCCGCAUUUCGCAACUUCAAAUGAAUUACUGGUUCGUCUUUGCGAGGACGGGAAGGUGGUGGAUGCUACGACAGUGUUGUUUGGAUUGAUGGAGAUGGGGUUCAAACCGGAGCCUGAUUCAUGGAGUGUUUUAGUUGAUGUUGUAUGCAGAGAGAGGAAGUUACUGCCUGCGUUUGUUCUACUAGAUGAGUUAUGGAAAUAGAGGACAAAAUCCAUAUACUUGGUAAUUAUUUAAUGGUUUUUUUAUUCCGCAAUAUUAACAAAGUCUUGUCUAAUGGUCGUGCAGAAUAGUGUAAUAGUAAAAUCCCUCGAGCUCAACUAUCUACUUCCACCUCCCACGUAUACACACGCUCGCACAUGAAAUGCUUGUAGUUCGAGAAGAAAGAGUGUUCGAGAAUAAUGGACUAGAGAGUAAAUCUUCCAAUUAAAAAAAAAGAGGAAGAGUUUUGGACCAAGCUGUUUGUUGUCCCAAAUGUGGCAGGAGAGUUCUUUUUCCGCUUAAAGCCAUUGUGUGACACAAAGGAUGGAGAGGUUUUAAUGGUAUUGGAUUCGGAUAGGAUAGUAGUCUAUAACCCGAAGCAAAAUAGAUAUAAGAGGAUUGGGAUCCCAAAGACUUGCAAAUGGAUUGAUGUGGCAUUUUAUACCGUCUCUUUUCUCACCUUGUGGUUGCAAUGGCAUUAAAUGGGACCGCUAAUCCGAUGGAAAUGGAAGAGGAAGUGAUAGUUCAAAAGAUCAAUCCGCUACUUUGCUCAUUCUUUGUAUUUGCUUAUGUAGCUUGAAACUUGCAAUUUAACUAUCGCAAUGUUGUUGAUGGUUUUGUUUUGUUUUUCAUUGUUUUGUUGUUAGGUUGUUACCCUUGUUAGUGUUCCAAUAGAAGAACCAUGAUCCUUGUCCACGUGAGUGCUACUUCAUUUGUUUUUGUGUUAUCGAGCACAAUGUAGAAUGCACAACAAUCAAAGUCAAAUCUUUUGUUGA